GACGAGGACGACGACGUGAAACGCCAGAACGAAGUCAAGUGCCAGAACAAAGCACGUAAUCGUCAAAGCUACACGGACAGUCGCACAAUAACCACUACGACAAAACAUUUGUGUUUGUGUUUUUUUUCGCAUUAUUCAGUUACGUUUCUAUCACGUCUUCGUUAUUUAGCUUCGUUCAUCCCGAGCACUAAGCGCCCUCGAGAUUCCACCGCACGAAUUUUUCGCAAGCAAUAAAUUGACGAUCUUACGCGGAACACCAUUCUCUAUCAUUCACACUCUCUCUGUCACCCCCCCCCCCCUCUCUCACAAUAACUAUUUCUUCUUCUAUUUCAUCAACUCACCCACACACGAUGUGCACAUUUCUGUUGGAGUAGACAUUUUAGUGAUAUUUCAAUAUAAUAUUUUUUGUCGUCCGACGACAUAUUAACAUUACAACCUGCACCGCCGAAGUAUAGCACGGCGAAGACGAUCGUCAUACGUUCACCAUCAUGAUGAAGAUGACGCCACGGUUACUGGUAGUAAACGCCAUGGUCUUGCUAUGGAUGGUUGCCGUCAGGGUGCAUUCCCUGCCUGUCACCGACUCCGAGGAACUGGAAAUAAAAGAGACCGCGGAAUCGUCACCCAAUCCCUCAGUCGUGCAGAUGGUCCCGAUACACCAGCUCACGGAUCCGAAUUCAGCGUUCGCCCUUAUUCUAAACAAUCAGCUGCUUAAAAUUUCCGAACAAGACCUACAGGCCAUUGAAACUGGACUGACUGGAAUCAAAACAGAAACCGCCUCCAACGAUGAUCAGGGCAUGAUGACGGGGGACAUGUCGUCACCAGCCACCACGUUUGAGCGAGCUACAGUGAUGCCCCGCAAUUAUAGCGACGAAAUGUCGCGCAGAGAAAAAAACAGAACUCUCAGAAUUCAAAUCAUUCACAAAAAGUUGUUAAACUUUAUGGAGAGGAAUCACCUCCCACCGAGCCUGAUGACGAAAAAGGAUCCGAGUUCAGUAAUACCUAUUCAAAAAAGUGAUGCCAAAGGAAAAUGUUACGAAAAAAUGAAUAACUUUCCGUUUUAUCCCUCCGACACAUUUAUAGAAAAAACGCAAAGCUUUUAUCCUAUUUGUGAAUUGCCUAAGCACACAAAUGAAGAUGCCUGGAACACAAAGGAAUUGAUGAAUUUAAUGUUUAAUAUUAGUUUACCCAAGUCGUCCGAGGGUAUCACAGUAAACGUAAAUACGGCUAGACUCAGGCUGUACAAACAAUUUGUAUCUUGUUAUUCACAAACGAGUAAUGAGACCGAUGAUUCUCAAUCAUGUCAGCCAACAUUAUUUGUAACUAAGAAGCAGUCCAAUUUGACUAACGCUAGUGUAGUACCAAUAAUAAUGGACGAGAGACUGAUUCGCGUAUCAAUUUAUUUGAACAUUAGAUCACUUAAGAGGAAGAGAGUAAUAAAGAGGAAGUUAUUGGACAGCCGUAUGGUGCCAUAUUUCAGCGAGAAAUGGACAGAAUGGAACAUUCGUAAUGCAGCAAAAGCUUGGCACAAGAACCCAGCUCGGAAUUACGGAAUCAGUAUUGAAGUUGAAGACGAAUAUGGCAACUAUCUUCCAGUCGCCAAAUUUUUUAGGCCUAUAAAUUGUUCGGAUGACGGACAAAUGAUGACCCCAAAGACGAUACCUGGGCUUGUGAUGGAGGUGGUGCACAACAGUUACGACGUACCAAUCCGCAACCCAACCGCCACGGCGAACAACAGUAACACCAACGCGGACGAUGCGCUCGCGCUCAGCUUCAACAUGCACAUGUAUCCGAUAAUAGACGUUACCACGGUCGAGAUACCAAAAUCGGAGGCGAACAACGCCAUGUCUUACCUGAACGCAAAAAACACGCUUGAACAGGUGGGCGGCAGAGGCGCUGGUUUGUCGCAGUGGCAGGAAUACAUGAUCGCCAAGUUGCAGCACUGGAUCCAGCACGGUAUCCAGCACCAGAACAACAGCACCAUAUCCGGAAGUCUGUCCAAAGACGGACACGAGCUUCGCGACCAGAUCAUUCCGCAAAGCAUAAACCAGUGGAACGUGCAGCACAAAUCGACGACCACCGAGACCCCGGACUAGUCAAAUCUUAAUACAAUAUAUCUUAAUAUAAUUAAACAUGUACACAGGGUGGCUCUAAAACAUCUUUAAAAAUUUAAAAACUCUGCAAAAAUAAAUUUUAUAUUUUUUAUGUUUUUUAACGCUAAAGAAAAUGAUUUAGAAAUUUACUUUUAUAGAUGAUUACUUUUUGAGUUGUACACAAACUAUCCUAAAUAAUCGAGCUAUCUAACUCAUCGAACUAA